AUGGAUUCCUUCAUGGUGCUGCACCAGCUUCGCCGUAACGGUGUGCUGGAGGGCAUCAGGAUCUGCAGGAAGGGAUUUCCAAACCGCAUCAUCUACGCAGAGGUCAAACAGCGGUGAGUGUGAUAACACACGUUCAUUCCCACAACAGACACAUAAAAAAGACAUUUGGAAUUAAUCAUACAAUACAAUGUUUUUUUUACUAACAGCUAUCACAUCCUGAAACCACAUGCCAUCCCCGAUGAUACGUUUGUGGACAGCAGGAAAGCAACAGAGAAACUGCUCUGGUCCCUAGACGUCGACCACAACCAGUACAAAUUUGGACAGACCAAGGUAGGAGGCUGAGGCUUUACAUUUACACGUUUUGUCAAUGAAUCACAUUAAUACGAAUUGUAUCUAUAGGCAAAUGAAGUUGUAUUUGAUCUUCCUGACUGGGUCUGGGUGUUCUCCUCCUGUAGGUGUUCUUUAAGGCGGGUCUGCUGGGGCUGCUGGAGGAGAUGAGGGAUGAAUGUCUGGCCAAGGUCCUCACGCUGCUCCAGGCUGUCAGCCGAGGCAAGAUCAUGAGGAUGGAGCUCCAGAAUAUGAUGACCAGGAAGUAAGGGACCAUGGCUUCAUUUGAUUUGAUCAUUUCAAGUGCUCUAGUAAAGUACCUAAAUGAAGUAAGUUGUUCUUAUGAUCUUAGAGUAUUGGGCCAACAAUUAAACCCAGAGAGAUUUUAUCUCUUAGGAGUGGAGGAGUGUUGGGAGUACAUAAUGGCAUUUGUUUUGGAACAAUUCAUAGUAAGAUAAAGACAUCAGUAUAAACAAACCAACUUCUCCACCAGUUGCUUCCUCCAACAGGUUCAAUAGUAAUAUGAUCAGUUGCACCCUUUCAGUUUGUGAUAUAUUAUAACUGUGCACACUCCUAUGGUCUAGUACAGGGCUAUUCAACUAUAUUCUUAUGGGGGCCAGAUGUAAAAAAGGUGAAUUGCAUGGGUGCCGGACAUUUUCCACAUUCUUCGGAAGAACUGUAUAAAAAAGCAAUGCACAACCAACAAUAAAGAACAUUUCUUAAAAUUAAACGUUGCUAAAAGUAAUUAGGAAAGGUGGAGGGCGCUCAACCAAUGUGAGUCGAGGUGCAACCAAAAAAUUAGAUCAUAAUUGAAAAGGAAAAUCUCGCUAACCAUUAUUUUCUUUUAUUUAAACAACCAUUAAAAGUAAUUAGGCCAUUUUAAAAUCAUCUGAAAACUAAGCAUCUCAAUAAAUAACACAAAGAUAUGUCAAAUCAGGUAAUGCCAAAUUCUAGUCGGAAGGAAGUAUGCUUUGAAUUCAUUUCCCUUUGUCAUUAGGUGCGCUUUUUGUCACACUCCCUUCUAACGAGUCCUACGAGUCUCAGAGAGGGAAACAGAAGGCACAUACGUACGUGUUCCUUUCAGGAAUGGGGUCAUAAUAUUUUGUAGCUUAAACUGUGGCUAGAGUCAAAUUCAUAUGAAGAAAAACGAAAUCAACAUGCCAGAGGCGCAAGAAACCGCUAGAAACCACACUAUAGACAACCACGAUAGUCGUUUUGGUACUGAAUGUCGGAUUUGUGCAGGGAUUUUUUUGCAGAUCUUUUAUUAAAUGUUCAGAAUUGAUCAAAGGGCCAGUAUAAAUGUAUAAACGGGCCGGAUCUGGCCCGUGGACUGCCAGUUGAAUAUUCCUGGUCUAGUAUGUGUGGUAUGCAAGGGCAAUGUUAGCGGCGUGUGUGAGGCGUGUGCUUGUCCAUGUAUGGUUACCCUGCAUGUGUGUGGCCCCCAUGGUAAUUUUGACCCCAUUACGUCCCUCACACACACUCCUCCACACCCCUCUCCCCUCUCUGCUCUCCCUAAAUUAAACAAUGAUGACGAUGUCCUUAGAGCCAGGUGGCGACAUGUGCCAAGUGGCAGCUGCUUUGGCCCACCCUAAAAAUACAACCCCCCCUGCCUGCCCCGUGGCCCUUGGCCUCUUUUGUCCCAGGCGCCUGCAGUUCUACGUAAGCACAUAGAUGGGAUAUGUGGCGGGUGACAGAGGAUUAAAGCCUGCCAUUUGACAGAGGGCUUUAGUUUCUAAAUAAACACAGAGACACUCACCUUUGAGAGGCAUAGAGCAUGGAGUCAUGUCAGAAAUGCAAUCAUACUCAUACCACAGCCACCUCCCCAUUCACUCUGCUACCCCCGACACCCUGCCUGACCAUGGCCCUGCACUCACUCAGGCACACAUUCACAACUCUGACAGGAAGUGCCUGACCAGGUUGCAAAAAUGUCUUGUAUCUAAAAGGAUUCUUCAGCUGUCCCCAUAGGAUAACCAUUUUUGGUUCCAGGUAGAACCCUGUUUGGUUCCAAAACCACAGGCUGAAGAAGUUGAAUAGCUAGGACCUGUGAUAAGAUUUAAAAGAUGGAAGUCCAGAAGCUCAUCAGUUUGGAGCAAGACCAGAACAUGUGUGUGAGAUUAGCAGGAGGCUGGGCCCAACGUUCACACUUGUCAUCUAAGUCAGGGUAUAUCUCUAUUACUCUGGACUUGCUCAUAUUAACUCGAUGGAGCACCUUAAACUGGUUGAGUCCAAGUCGAGCACAGGAAGAAGACGGAAAAAGCCCUAAUUCUGUCCUCUACUCACUUCCUGUUUCCAGAGAGGCUCUGAUGAUCAUCCAGUGGAACAUCCGGGCCUUCAACGUGGUGAAGCACUGGCCAUGGAUGAAGCUCUUCUUCAAGAUCAAGCCUCUGCUGAAGAGCGCCGCCACAGAGAAGGAGAUGGCCACUCUGAAGGAGGAGGUGGCCGGGCUGAAGGAGGUCCUGGAGAAUUCAGAGGUGAAACGUAAAGAGCUGGAGGAGAAGCAGGUCAGCCUGAUCCAAGAGAAGAAUGACCUCUCUCUGCAGCUGCAGGCAGUAAGUACCCACAGACUGACGGCGAUGCACGCAUUUACUACCUCCUACAGCAUGGUACCAGUAGGGCUCCAAUGUCACCUCCCAUUUCUCCCUCUCUCUCCACUCUCCCUGCAGGAGCAGGAAAACUUGGCGGACGCAGAGGACCGCUGUGACCUCCUGAUCAAGGCUAAGAUCCAGCUGGAGGCCAAGGUUAAAGAGAUGAUGGGGAGACUGGAGUACGAGGAGGAGAUGAACGCCUGUGUUCUCGCCAAGAAACGCAAGCUAGAGGACGAGUGUGCUGAGCUGAAGAAGGACAUUGAUGACGUAGAGAUCACCCUGGCCAAGGUGGAGAAGGAGAAAUACGCCACCGAGAACAAGGUGAGGAGACUAGAGGAUCACAGAGAAGGAGAUCAGACCAGACAUUCACAGAGAGGGAGAGGACACAGAACUACAGAUGUCAUAGUCCUCUUGUCCUCUAAAGCGGAAGAGAUUCCACUUUAUUUCAGAUGACAAACAGUGGCAGUAUAGCCCUGACUUCAUGUAAUUAAUGAAUCAAGUCUGCCUCAAUACUCCACCCAACUGAAACGUCUGAAAAAGAUCUAACCUAAGCAACUUAAUAUUGGUGAAUAUGUGCAGAUGAGAAUGAGAUGUGCAUAGCUGAGGUCCUGAAGUCAUCAUAUGCCUUCUCCUCUUCUCCAGAUGAAGAACCUGAUUGAGGAGAUGGCAGCUCUGGAUGAGAUAAUCCUGAAGCUGACCAAGGAGAAGAAGGCCCUACAGGAGGCCCACCAGCAGACACUGGACAACCUGCAGGCCGAGGAGGACAAGGUCAACACACCCUCCAAGGCCAAGGCCAAGUUGGAACAGCAAGGGGACGACGUGAGUUUAUGCACAAGGAACUACAAUCCAUAUCCAACCUGACUGAAACGAAAAUAGAUAUAAAUCAAGAGAAACUGAUUUUUGUUUCGAUACAUUGCCACAUCAUAUUGGCUGUUAUUAAAUACAUUGUUAUGGCCAUUAGCUUUGACAUUUCCCAUACUCUUCCCCAAAUCAGUUGGAAGGCUCUUUGGAGCAAGAGAAGAAAGUAUGCAUGGACCUGGAACGGGUCAAGCUCAAGCAGGAGGGAGACCUUAAACUGUCCAUGCAGUCUGUCAUGGACCUGGAGAAUGACAAGCAGCAACUUGAAGAGAAGCUGAAAAAGUGAGAACAAUCUAUUUGAUUGAAGACUAAACAACUGAUCAGUUCUAUGAUUAUUGAUAAAAUAUGAAUGUAACCCACUCUUCUUUCAAAUCAGGAAAGACUUUGAGAUUAACCACACUAGCACUAAGCUUGAGGAUGAACAAGCCUUGACCAUUCAGCUCCAGAAAAAGAGUUACAGGUAUGAAUGGACAACUGGGUCUAGAAAUACUAACAGUGAUUUCUGAUUAAUAUAAUAUAAUACAAUACUAUCACAUUUCUCAGUACAUUACAAAGAUCAUAGACCACAAGCUGAAUGCAUCCAUUGAUCUAUGCCCAUGUCUUCUCAUAGGCUCGUAUCAGGGAGCUAGAGGAGGAGCUGGAUCCCGGGCCAAGGUGGAGAAACAGCGGGGCGAUGUGGCCAGGGAGCUGGAGGAGCUCAUUGAGUGGCUGGAGGAGGCCAGGGGCGCCACCGCCGCUCAGAUCAAGAUGAACAAAAAGCGCAAUUCAGACUUCCGGAAGAUGCGCUGGGAUCUGGAGGAGACCAUGCUGCACCACGAGGCUACGGCAACCGCGCUGAGGAAGAAACACACUGACAGCGUAGCCAAGCUGGGGGAGCAGAUCGACAGCCUGCAGCGCAUCAAACAGAAGCUGGAGAAGGAGAGAGGGCGAGACCAAGAUGGAGGCAGACGAAUUAGCGUCCAACGUGGAGCAGCUCUCUAAGAGCAAGGUAGAGAGAUAAAGAUGCACACACAGACACACACUGAUACUAUUUCUGCUGAUCCCACUUGGAUUUCCAGGCUAAUGCUGAGAAGAUGUGUCAUCUGUAUGAGUACCAGAUGAGGCUACCGAUCCUGUCUUUGAGCAGUCCCAGACAUCCCGAUAUUUUCAAACGUUUGAUUUUAUCUGCACAAAAUGUGCAAUGCUUUUGUAGUGUGAGCUGUGCAACGACAUGUUUUGCGAACGGUGAUCAGCAAUAGCCAAUGAGAGCUUGACAGAGAAGAACCCAGUGAGAUGAUGACGUUGUUUUGCGUCACCCAGAAUGUGUAGACUCUCCAGCAGGAGCGAUGACUACUAGUAUGCGUUUGUACUUGCCUUUAACCAAAGCCAGAGUGUUACAUCGUUACAGUGCUGAAGUUCACAAGCAAUGUUAUUCAAUUCAAAAUGUUGGCUAGUAAUGUCAACUCUGAAUGUCUGACUGAAAACUUUUAUGAGGCUGCUUUGAGCCACAGCUCGUUCUAGCUACGUUAACAAUCUAAUCACGUCAUCAUAUAAUUGUUUUCGCAUGACAGCGUGGUGGUAUGGAGAAUCCUCACGACCAAGUGAAGAUUGUUGUAGUGUGUGAAACCCCGUCUGUGCCAGAUUGUUUAAUGUGCGCACCACUAUGUCGGCAAGACAAGAAACGACAGGAAAGACUGUUGUUUAAUGUGAGAGGCUCAGCGAUGUUAGGAUUUUAAAAGUCGUGUAGUGUACACCCGGCAUUAGUUGGUGUGCUUAACAGUACGACUGACCUUUCCUCCUUCCACCAUCUUGGCGCUAUCUCCACUAUCAUUGUCUUCCGGCAAAGAAUGCACUGGCCCAUGCUCUCCAGUCCUCCCGCCACAACUGUGACCUGCUGAGGGAGCAGUAUGACGGGGAGCAGGAGGCCAAGUCUGAGCUGCAGCGGGCCAACGCCGAGGUGGCCCAGUGGAGGACCAAGUAUGAGACAGACGCUAUCCAAAGGACAGAGGAGCUGGAGGAGGCAAAGUGAGUGAGACAUCUGAGGUCUACGUACAAUGACAUUAGAAUAACAACUCUUCACUCUCAUCUAUGUUUUCAAACCUGUUAUAGUAACUAAAAAAGUGACAUCUGAUUAAUGUGAGAUGUAUAUAUUCAACAGGAAGAAGCUGGUGACAUGUUUGCAGGAAGCUGAGGAGUCUGUGGAGGCGUCCAACGCCAAGUGCUCCUCCCUAGAGAAGAUCAAGCACCGGCUGCAGACAGAGAUAGAGGACCUAGUGAUGGACCUGGAGCGCUCCAACACUGCAGCCGCCGCCCUUGACAAGAAGCAGCGCAACUUCUAUAAGGUGAGCAAUUGGAGGUUAUCAUGGGCAAUGCAAAUUACGGAGACAUGCUGUCAACUUGAUUACAUGCUGUUGCUGAGUAAGGAACUGAACUGGAAUGACCUCAGUAGAAAACAAUUGCAAUUUAGGUUGUUUUGAACCUAAACUUUAUCCAGGCAUUGCUAAUGAGGUGAAUUUCUGAUUUCAGGUGCUGGCUGAGUGGAGGCAGAAGUAUCAGAAAUGCCAGUGUGAGCUGGAGAGCUCUCAGAAGGUGUCUCACAGCCUGAGCACAGAGCUGUUCAAGCUGAAGAACUCCUACGAAGAGGCCCUAGACCACCUGGACACCACCAAGAGAGAGAACAAGAACCUCCAAGGUACAACCACCUCACACACAUCGAAAUAACUCAGACUACAGAGUCAUUGGUCCUGGUCCAAGCUACAUGAGUUGAGCCAUUGAAUUAUAUCAUAGCCUAAUUCGUUUCUCCCCCCAUAUGUCAUUAUAAAAUAAUAUUCAAAUAAAUGUUUAUUAGUUGAGAAUUUCACAUCAAUCUUACAUAGUAUGGAAACGCAAACUGAAAGGCCUUUUUUCCAAUAACCCCACUGUCCUCUUCCCCCCACCUACAGAGGAGAUUGCUGACCUGUCUGAUCAGAUCAGCCAGGGAGGGAAGACCAUCCAUGAGCUGGAGAAGAUAAAGAAGGGUCUGGACAUGGAGAAGAGUGAGAUCCAAGCUGCCUUAGAGGAGGUUGAGGUAAGUCACUGUUCUGUUCUUUCUCCCAGUCUCUCUUUAAGUGUGCUGUACUGUAACUAUUGUGUGUAUUUGUUUGUAUAAUAUGCUAUUCUCUCUCUCUCUUUCAGGGCACUUUGGAGCAUGAGGAGAGUAAGACUCUCUGCAUCCAGCUGGAGCGCAACCAGAUCAAGGCCGACAUCGACCAGAAGCUGGCAGAGAAGGACGAGGAAAUCGAUAACCUCUGGUGGGUUAAAUCACCAUACAGUUAGAAAAACAUGUCAGUGGUUGUACAGGCACUGGUAGCUUUCACUCUUUUUAGUAUCAGAGGCCCAUGUCUAGGAAUGUCCUCCCUUUUUAAUUCCUCAUUUUUUGCUCUCCCCAUCCGUUUGCCCCCCCAGCCGGAACCACCAGCGAGCCCUGGAGCCCAUGCAGGCCACCCUGGACUCGGAGUGUAAGUCCCGGAAUGAGGCGGUGCAUCUGAGGAAGAAGAUGGAGGGGGACCUGAACGAGAUGGAAGUGCAGCUGAACCACGCCAACAGUCGGGCCGCUGAGUCCCAGAAACUACUGUGCCACCUGCAGGUCCAGAUCAAGGCAAGUCCUUUAGCAGCUGGUCUGACAACUGCACACUCACUUAUGGGUUCGGACAAAGUCCAGACAAAGGACCUCAUAUUUGGUUUUUACAAUGCUUUGUUUACACUGUAACAAACUCUUCAGACUCAUGAACAAAUUUAAAGUUAGCUACUUGACUCUUCCAUACUUCAGAUUGUUUGCCUGCUGGGUUGUCAAUAGCGUGCUGUACCAAUCAUUGGCUUUUUUUUCCUUCCUUUUUUAACAUUUGUAUAAUUAUGACACAUUUAUUUUAUUGAUAAAUACAGUAAAGAAGUGAUUGAGAUGGGGAGAUAAAGGAGAGGGACAUGGAAUGGAAAGUGGCACAGUCUGGGUUUGAACCCUUGCCUCCAGGGGCAAUGUGUGGUCCGAGGGUUGGCAGGUAUACCACUAGACAAGCUCCCUGCACUACUACUGAACACACGCUGUCUCCUCUGUAACCCCAGGACCUGCAGCUGGAGCUGGAUGAGACGCUGCACCAGAACGAGGAGCUGAAGGAGCAGACGGCGGUAACAGAGCGCAGGAACAACCUGGUGACUGCAGAGGUGGAGAAGCUCCGAGCCCUGCUGGAGCAGGACGACCGUGCAAGCAAACUGGCCGAGCACGAGCUGCUGGAGUCCACCGAGAGGGUUAACCUGCUGCACUUCCAGAACACAGGGUUAACCUGCUGCACUUCCAGAACACUGGACUCAUCAACCAGAAGAAGAAGUUGGAGAGUGACCUGUCUAUGCUGUCCACUGAGUUGGACGAGGCUUCGCAUGAGUGCCACAACGCAGAGGAAAAGGCCAAGAAGGCCAUCAUUGAUGUAAGGGAGAGAACCAGAGACCCAGGCUAGAUUUACUUGUGUGUCUAGUUUCAAUUAAAUUAAUUUCCGAUUACAAAGAUCUUAUCAUUGGAAAACUGGAACCAUAUUGCAAAUCAAACUCUUCUCUCUGUCAUUGUCCAGGCAGCCAUGAUGGCUGAGGAGUUAAAGAAGGAGCAGGACACCAGCUCUCACCUGGAGAUGAUGUAG